CAUAGAAAGGGAUUGUAGGAGAAUGAAGGAUCUCAAAAGAAGAAACCUAAGCUACUGUGGCAUGGAGCUCCACCGACUGGUUGCCCAUGCAGAAAAGGACAUAAGGCUUUCCCCUGAUGCUGCAACAAAAAGCUACAACCGAGACUUGUGGAAUGUUUGAACCGAAGGGACUGUAUUAACUCUUGCCUGCUCCUUGGUUUGUUGCCUUCUUCUUAAGCCACGAUGUCUUCCCAGUAUCCUCCUAAUCUCCGGAUUCGUCUCCCUGUGCUCAUUCUUCUUUUGGAAGCUGCUUUAAUCCUUGUAUUUGGCUUCUUUGUUUCUUACGAGCAGAGUCAAAACCUUACAAGAGACUAUCCAGUAUUUCAAGAUGUCAGCCUCAUGGUGAUUUUUGGCUUCGCCUAUUUUCUGGCCUUCCUGCAGAGAUAUGGCUUCAGCAGCAUUGGAUUCAGCCUCCUUCUUGCUGCCCUCGGAGUUCAGUGGGCCGUGAUCGUGGAUGGAUUCCUCUUCCACUUCUCAGCUGGGAAAAUAAGGAUAAAUCUGCAAAGCAUUUUAACUGCUAUUAUGAGCAUCACCGCAGUGUUGAUUUCAACUGGAGCAAUACUUGGCAAAGCCAAUCUCAUGCAGUUGGUCUGGAUGGAUGUGGUGGAAGUGACCGUCUUCACCGUCAAUAGAUGGGUGGCUGUGACUAUUCUGCAGAUCCAGAGCCACGUCAGCAUGAUGCACGCCCACUUAUUUGGGGCCUAUUUUGGCUUCAUGGUCUCCUGGACGCUCUACCGCUCCUCACUGAGUCGGAAAGCUGAGAAGGAAAGAUCCAGGCCCAUCUCGGACAUGUUUGCAGUGCUGGGUACUCUCUUUCUCUGGAUCUUGUGGCCCAGCUUCAAUUCUGCCCUAAUUGAGGAAGAAAACAAAAAAUGGACUGCCAUCUACAACACCUACUUUGUGAUGGCCACAAGUACCAUUGCCGCUUUUUCGCUCUCAGUGGCAACCAGCAGGAAUGGAAAACUCAGCAUGGCUCACAUCCAGAAUGCUACACUGGCAGGUGGGAUUGCUCUUGGUUUCUCCGCUUCCGACAUCCAACAGCCUUGGAUUGCAAUGGUUUUGGGUCUGGCAGCAGGCACAGUUUCCGUCCUUGGCACAGCCUGUUUACAGGAACGUUUGGAUCCAGCACUCAAAAUCCAUGAUACUUGUGGAGUUCAUUACACUUUUGGCCUGCCCAGUUUGCUUGGAGGGAUAAUCCACGUUGUUCUCAUCCUAACAAGCCACCGCGAGAACCUCUCAGUAUUUGGUUAUUCAGCCUUAAUUGAAGUUGGUGCACUCAGCUUGAGCCUAUGCCUCAGUCUGUUCGGUGGUCUGAUUACAGGUCUCAUUUUAACUUGCAAAUUAUGGAAAGCACCUCCUGUAACAAAAUACUUUGAUGAUCAAGCUUAUUGGGAGGUAGGAUUAUAUUUUACAGUGUUAUUAUACUGAACGCUACUAUAUUAAAAAGUGUAGAACCCAAAUCUUUCUCAUUGAUGAAUACAUGUAAUAUGAACAUGUUACAACCACUCUACAUAUUUCUCACUGUUUUGGAUGUUCUAGAAUCGGAUUCCAUUUGAAUGUAAUUUACUCAAUUUGGUGUUAAUGUUUUGUAGAAACCUAGUAAUUUUGGUUUGUAAGCUACAGCUUAUGUCUAACCAGGUUAAUUAGCCACCUAGGGGGAUUCAGUAGGUUUGGUUAAGCAAACAAGAUUUGUAUAUAUCUUACACUUUGGCAGAACCAACUUUCCACCAUAUGUAAACUCACCCUAAUUUGUAUUUGCAUUUAAGAGUGCAUUACUGAGAUAGAAAACAGUAUUUUAAAAAAAAUAUCUUAUUUUUCUUAUAUCUAGUUCCCCCAUUUAGCUGUUGGAUUCUGAACACAAUCUUCAGGAGGGCAGCAAGCUACAUAGCUAAGAGACUUUCUCUCUGAUCCCACAAAAAUGCAUGAAAAGAGACUUAUUUGCUUUAUUAAAAUUGCCAGAAUAUUUGGUAAGCAUUUCGUAUAAAAUACUUGCUUGUAAGGCUAAAAUUAAUGUCAGUGCUUCUUUUAAAAAAAAUGGUGCUUUUUACAUUCUAGGCUUCUAAAAUGCAUAAAUAAUGUUGAGUGGAAGGUGAAGAUUAAAUAUUAUAUGUGAAACUGAA